AGGUACCUUUAGUUGCUCAGUUCCUUGCGAACUUUUGCUUUGCGUUGCUUAAGCAACUUGCAUUGAGGGACCCUUUGGAUCGAGAUCUUGGCUGAGAGACUUUCUAUUCAGAGAUGAGAAGACCCGGCUUGAAGGAUGAUGUUGCUUACAGUUUCUUUGACCCGGAUAUCAGUGUGUUGAAGGAUAUGAUAGCGUUGAUCACUCCUGACCAUGUGGGGUUGUUUCGUGCGGUGUAUGGGGGUAUUCUGAAGAUGGUUUUCAGGCUCAUGGACAGAGACAGGAGCGCCAUCCAUACUCUACUUCAGUUUUACGAUCCCGAGCUGAGAUGUUUCGUCUUCCCAGAUUACGUGCUAGGGCCGAUGUUGGAAGAUUAUGCUGAUAUUUUGAAUAUCCAGAUCAGGGAUCAAGUUCCUUUCCGUGUUACUAAGGAAGAACCUGAUAUUGGUGGGAUUUCCCGUGCUUUCUAUCUGAGUCCAGAGGAAGUGAAGAGUAAUCUGAAGGAGAAGGGUAAGCUGCCUGGUUUUCAUCUGAGUUUCCUAGAGGCUAAGGCUAAAGAGCAGUCAGAAUUGGGGAAUUGGGAAGCUGUCUGUGCUCUGGUUGCGGCGAGCAUUUAUGGGAUCAUUUUGUUUCCCAACCAGAAGAACUUUGUGGAUAUCAAUGCCAUCCGCCUGUUUAUUCGAAGGAAUCCUAUCCCUACAUUGAUUGGAGAUGUCUAUUAUUCGGUUCAUAACCGGAAUGAGAAGAGGCGUGGGGGUUUGAUUCGAUGCUGCGCGCAGUUAUUGGUCAAGUGGUUUAUGGGUUACUUACCAUCCAAGGGUGCUUUUGUUCUUCUGGGCCAGAAUGUUACUUGGGCGACCAAACUGAUGGGCUUGAGGGCUAAGGACAUAGAUUGGACUCACAGUAGUGGAGUUGGACAGGACUUUAUCUGCAGUUGCAGGGGUUUUCCUAAUGUGCCGCUUAUAGGGGUUCAGGGUUGCAUCAAUUACAACCCGACACUUCUUAAGAGGCAAAUGGGAUUCGCUAUGGAGCUUCCACCGUACAAGAGUGAGAUUCAGGAAUCUGUGUACUUCCCGGUUGAGGGUAACCAGGAUAGGGUAAAGCAGGUAUCCGAUGCAUGGCGCAGCAUUCAGAGGAAGGGCAAGGCUUCCUGGGGUAGAGCUAACAACAGAUCUUUUCCUCCGUUCGAUGAUUGGCUCAGAAAGAGAGUGGAGCUUACUUGUCUACCAUUUCCUAUGGUCGAUCCGUGGUAUCCGUUGGUUGAGGAGACUCCUUCUACUGUUAGUAUGGAUGAGUUCUUAGAGAUGAAGCGGGAACGAGAUCAGCUACUUGCAGAGAAGACGGAAUUGGAGAUGAGUGUUGCUCGGGUUCAGAGAGCUAAUCAGGAGCUCAAAGCGAAGAUGGAAGAUCAGGAUAAGCGGCAUGCUUUGGAGACCAAGCGAUUUGAGAUGGAUACAGCCUAUUAUGGGAAGAUCAGCCAAGCUUUAGCAUCGUCCAACCGGGAGCAUGACAUCACAAAGGAGAAGCUGUUCAGAGCAUCAAAGGUGAUUGAAGAUGAGAAGAGGAGGCAAAUCCUAGUCAGGGAUCAGAGAGAUGAGAGAGCCAGAGUCCUCGCUGCAGAGUGGGAAGCGGAAAAGGCAAAGAUCAGGGCCGAGAGAGAUCAUAACAUGGCAGAGAGAGACCACUACUUCAGGCAGAUGAAGAUUCAUCAGAAGGAAGUUGGAAGACUACAGCAGGAGAACAUAGAGCUCAGGUUCGCCGCAGAGUUCGCAAGGAUGGAAGGCGAGAUAAGGCCAUCUGCGGGACCCUCAUCCAGUUAGAUCUUUCUUUUGUUGUGAAUUACCGUCAGGCUUGUUGACGGAAUUCACUUGUCUGUAUUUCUUUCCUAUUUUGGAGGAUUGUAUCUGACCUUAUCGGGUUGAUGUAUGACUAUUGCACUGAUUGUGCACUCUUUUGGUUAUGUGAUGGCGAUUUUCAUUCA